AUGGAUUUCCCAAAUCUUGCUGAACUGUUUAUAAAUGAUGUUUGGCAAUUAGGGGAUAUUCAGCAGCUGCUUGACCCUCACCUCCUUCAAGAGGUUAUUUCUACAGAUAUUAUUCUUACAACUAAGGAGGAUAUGCUAGUUUGGAAGCACACUUCAAAUGGGCACUUUACUGUUAAAUCUGCAUGGAAUCUCGCUCGCAGUCGAUGUAUGCCUAAUCUUCAUGCUAAGGCUAUUUGGAGUCAAUGUUCGCCCCCUAGUUCUCAGCUGGUUUUCAAUGCAAAGCCUAAGGUAAUGGACUCAGCUCAGGGGAGAUCCCUGCUUCAAUCGCUCAAUGUGGUUUCCUCAGCUGCGCUCUCUGUGCAAGUUAAGUGGAUUAGAUGGGAAUUGCCUUCUCCAGGGUUGCUUAAGCUUAACAUUGAUGGUGCUUCUAAGGACUCCCAGAUUUUAGUGGACAUGAUUAAGCAGAAGCAUAUACAGUCUUGGAAAUUCUGGACUCUUGCUACUCGAAUUUUCUAUUUGCUCAGCCAUUUUGAAAUCCGAAUGCAACACAUUUAUAGAGAAGGAAAGGCUGUAGCGGAUUCUUUAGCAAACAAAGGGGUUAUGGAUCAAGUUGGUCAUACAUAUGUCUCGUCGGAUUCACAGCCUCUACCCACAAGACUUCUAUUGCUGCAGGACUUACGCCAGCUCAAAAGUCCACGCAAGAAGAUCUCCAUUUUUAAAACUCCUCAUGGGAACUUGCGCGAAUCCUUCUAA